GACGCCGCAUAGAAGAUGAAGAAGCGGAAAGAGCUGAACGCCCUGAUCGGUCUGACCGGAGAGACCGGAAGGAAGAAGCCGAAGAAGGGCUCCGGGCACCGGCCUCGCACUGAACCCCCGGCCUCAGACUCGGACACCUUCACGGAGAGGACGAGUUCGCUGCGCUGGAGAGAGACGCGUCCGCUGCGGGAGGUCACACUGUGGAGUGUUCUUCAGUGCUGCCGGGUGUGUUACCCUCUCUGCGUCAUUGUGUUGGCCGCGUGCAUGGUGACCUGCGUGGGCCUGGUCUGGAUGCAGGUCGCCCUGAAGGACAUGGAUGCUCUCAAAGAACAGCUCAAAGCAAGUAAGAAAAUGGAGUCAGUUCAGCGGAAUUCAGUCCAAGAGAUUCCAAAAAUCAACGAAGACUUGCUGGUUAAGAAACGUCUGCAGGAGCUUGUGAGUGGAGACCUGGGGUUAAACAGACUGUGGACCAACCUUACUGAGGCGAAUAAGCAGAUCACUUUUCUGACCAGCGCUGUUAAUGAACUGAAGACCAGCCUCAAGUCUGCAUCUGAUAUGAUCAACCUCCCUAAAACUAUGGAGGAGCUGCAGCAGAGUGUGGCCACGUUGGGCAGUACGUUGACCAGUGUCCAUCAUGAUGUGGAGACUCUACAGACUGCAGCUGAUGAACAGAGGAGGAAGGUGGAAGCUCUUCAGAAAGAUUGUGUGCAGAACUCCCUGGAAGAUCUGAACAGCACAGUGCUGCUAUAUGUCAGGCAGAAUGAUCUGCGGCUUCACACCAUGGACUCCAUGUUGUCUAACAUAAGCCAGAGGGUGGCUUCCCUACAGAGCAGUCAUCUGCUGCAUAACAAGGAGGUGGAAAAUUCUACAGACUCAAAUAAUGAAAGCCGAGCGGACGCUGCCGAGAAUUCAAAGCGAGAAGAUGCCUCGGAAAUCCAGGAGCAGCUGCAUCUCAUCCAUUUGCUGACAAAUGCCCCAGACAGUGACAAGGCAAAGGCGGGUGACACUGUGACCUCUCUGCCUCCGCUGGAGCAGAAGAAUGCAAAGUCUCCGCUGAGAAGACGACGACGUCGUGGUCUGGUAUUACCAGGAAUUUCUUCUGUACAAGAACUUGAGGAUGUCUUUAGAGAAUCUGCAGGUGGAAUUGAUGGAACGUUUUCUCUCCAAGAGCUGGAGCUGCGGCUUCGCUGUGGACGGCUGCCGUUUCUGAAGGAUUACGAUGUUGAUGGAGAUGAGCGCUUGUCACUGAUAGAACUGAGGCCGCUGGUUGGCAUGUAGCAGGGUGACUGGUGACUGCAUUCUUCCACUCUCCGACCAGUGAGGCUCACUAUAGGGGUCUCUGAGCUCCUCCACCAGCUGCACUGGAUUCAUCUUCUGGAGGAAUUGGUUUUAGCUGUAGUGUGAAAACAUUCUCAUUUUAUAGUUUACAUAAGCUUGCCUUAAACUGGUGUCUUGCACUUUACCGAGUGGCCAUAGAACAGCCAGGAGGAGCCUGCACCAAGGAGCUGGCUUCUUCUCCAUGUUGUAAUGAAUGCAGGCGAGAGCUCAGGACCAGACUGAUCACGGGUGAACCAAGCGCAAGUCUGUCUGCAGCACUUCUGGAAGCCAAGACACAGGGUUAGUUUCCCACCAGGCGCUUCCAUGUUAAAAGGACGGCUCCUUUUUAACUCCAUAUUCAUUAAAAA